UCAAUGCAAGUAUUGGGAGAAAACGGGAGAAAAGAAAGCAAAAAGUUGAAAAGAGAGAGAUGUCGGAUAUCCAUGAGAAAAAUAGUAAAGCAUUUUUACAAGCUAUCGAAGCUAUCCAAAGGCUUCGGGCGAGUGUUACCAAUGUUUUUGAUCAGUUGAAAGAUGGCAAAAAGAUGCCUACAGACGGCAACACAAAAGAACGUGCUUUCUUAAGCGAAUUGCAAGCUGGGCUGAUGCUGGUUACUACCGAAUUUGAGCAAUUUGAAAAGCAAGCAUUGACGUUACCUAAAUGGACUGAAGUACCACCACUUGGCAACACCAGUCUACUGUCCCUUGACCCAAUAACUGACAGACUAUCAUUCUAUCAUGAAGCUCUAGAGGCCUACAAAUGGUCUGAUAAGAUGCGUGAACACAGCAAUUUGUCUGCAUUGCUUUUGAGCCAGAGUAUAAGCAAGCGUUCAUCUAGUGUAGGACCACACUCCAACAAGAGGAAAAGACCUCCAAUCACAAGUCACGCCAUUGCCCCUGAUGUGGUUGAUGCUAUCACAUUAAGUAUAGACCAGCACUUUACAGAUUUAACAAUACAAAGGAUACAAGUGUCUCCAUAUGUUCUUCAGGUAACAUUAAGUAGAACUUUCCAAGCUAUCAUUGUGCUUCGUGGUUUGUUGAUAGAAAGGGUUAUCGUCAAGGCAACACAUGAGAAUGUCACUAGAGAAGACGGCUCUCCUGAUUGCUGGACACCAUCCAAGUAUCUUGUUUUUCAAAAGAUCACAGACCAUGUGACAGCAACAAUGUUGCAUUAUCAUUAUCCAAACUCUCCAGAAAUUGCUCUCAAACAGUUUAUGAACUGGUUAAGGAGUUACAACAAAUUGUUUUCUACACCCUGUAAGAGGUGUGGCAAAUACCUUCAAGACAACUUGCCCCCAACUCACCGCGACCUCAGAAAGCAUGAGCCGUACCACGAGUCCUGCAGAUGAGACUGGCCGCCACUGAAGCCUUUGCCUUCUUAAAGUGGCACAGUUUGCAGUACUUUUGCACACAUUGUCUUUAAAAAUUGUUGACGUAUAAGUAGUUCUGCCAAACCAACAGCAGCUUUUGUCAUGAACUUUAAUACUUUAACUAGUGGAGCUCUUGGUAAUUAAUGCUUGCCUUUCAACCCAUAGUCCCUAUUUCAAGUUUUUUCUAAUGACAAAAACAUAACUCGACUCUCACAAUAAGACUGUGUAGAGCCCGGGUAUUUAACCUUUUUAAGCUGGUGGCCAGUUCCAAUCCGUUGUGACCAGUGGCGGGCCGACAUAAAAUGUGUAUUUUCAUAUUUUUCAAUGUCAGGGGUGUACAGAAUCACAUGUGUAUGUUACCUAAAUGAAUGAAAUAUAUUAAUAAAAAUUAUUAUAUACCGAUAUCUAGAUUCCAGGCAUUUGAUUGGUUAAAAGCGGGGCAAUAGUUCCAGCGGUAUAUAAAAUAAGUAUUUACUUGGUUUACUGGGUAGUUGUAAUUGGACCAUAGUUCAAAAUAUAGCCCUCGGUGAUCUGGAGGCUGUACUGUUGAACUAUGCCCUUCAACCCAGUAAAUAUUUUUAUAAUAUACAUUUUGGAUUGUCACAUUUAGAAUACAUAUUUCUUAAGAAAGUAUUUUUUGUAUACUAUUUCUACAAGAUGUAACUAUUAGUAAAAGCGUGUACAGAACUAUUUAAAAUUUAUUUUCAGAAUGCUAAAUGGCAGUCUUCUUUGUUGUUGUGUUUUUUUUUUUUAACUUUAUUGCAGAAGGAUAAACAACAAUGGCAACAUUUAAAAUGACCUAAAGGCAAUUUAACAAAAAUAUGUUUGAAAAACAUAAGACCACUGAAACCAUUUAAAAUAAAAAGAUUUUAAAAUUAAUUUUAAAUUUAAGUAUUCAGACAUAAUGUAGAAUGCAUAGACAGUAAGAAAAGAUAGUUUUGUAUAUCACAAGUUUAGGGGGUUUUCAAAAUAAUAGGAUGGUGGUGUAGACAAAAUGUCUUGUAAUUUGAAUAGUUGACUGCAGUUCUACAAAGGUCCUACAUAACAUCUUCAAAGUUUGUGUAUGAUAUAACAGGUCUAGAUUGCUUAAGGAAGUCUGUCACCUAAAAAAAAAAAAAUCAAUUCCAUUUUAGUUAUUAAAGCUGUUAACUUUCAAUCAAAAAAAUGUUUGUGAUAAAAUUUCUCCAUCACUUAAUGGACAGUUAAAUAAUACAUUUUCAUUUUUCAUACCUAUCAGACCAUAUUUUCUACAAAAAUUCUUAAAUUGAAUACCCUCCAUUUUAAGGAUUUUUGGUUCCUAUGUGUAUGUAUGUAUGUAUGUAAGAUGUAUGUUGCGCUGUUUUUUGUAAACAGGCAAAAGUGACUUUCCAGAUAUCUGUUCGUUAUGAACAUCCAUACCAAAGCAAAACUGGAUAUGAUGUUGUGCCCUAUUUAAUAAUUUUCUAUUUUGAUAAAUAUUAAAGUCAUAACUAAUGAAAGACUAUACCCCCUACCCUGGGAAAGACUAGUAAACUCUAUGAUAAGAGGAAAACAUUUAUGGAAUGUUAUUUACUUUCGUUGUCCAACUAACUGUCUUUAAUAUGAUGGAUUGGACUCUAGGGACUUUCCUGGGUAUGGACAGAAAACUUUAUCUAUAAGCUUCAAUUUUAUACCUGAUAUACUGUAGUAUAGAUAAGGUUCUACAGAUACAACAUAGAAUUGCAUUGUGGUUUGAUGAAAAUAAACUUGAUACUUGACAGGAUAAUCCAUUUACAGUUUCUAUCGGAAGCUAGACUAUGUGUGUACAGUACGGUAUAAUGAAACCAUUGUUGGCUCCGACCCAUAGUUAAUGUAGGGGCCCCACCAGACAGGGCAAGUCCCCUUCCCCCAUCAAACAAAGCUUUUCGGGCAGUUAGACUAAAAAAAAUAAUAUAAGAAUAGGCACAUGCUAAGCCAACACAUACAGUAUAUGUCACAGUCUGAGUGUCAUUUCCGGUCAUCCAGAGGUUCAUAUUCUUAAAAAAAAUCUCAUUUGGAAGGCGAACACCUUCACAAAAUCUUCCACAAGCUCCUGCCCACGAGCUUUAGUCCCCCUAUCGGACAGCUCGGCCCCCCCAGAAAAUAUAUCCAGCCGCCACAGCUAUUACACCAUUUUAUCAUUGGCACUAAAUAAGCAAAAAACGAAAAAAAGUGAUGCCAGGAUUAAUAAUAAUAAUGAUAAUAAUUUUGGCUGAAAUAGCGCAUUAAUCUAAAGCCUCAAUAAAAAUAAAACUGCCGGAUUAACA